AUGAUGUAUCUUAAAUCUAGCUGUUCUUAGUGCAUAUUUAUAAUUUAUCCCCUAUAUUUUGGUGCUUUUGCUGUACUCUUAUCGGUACAAUAAACAAUAAUUUCUUUGUUAACGUAAAGUUCCUGAGCAGAUAAGGAAGUGUAUGUAUCAAAAAUAAUAUUAACAAAAUGAUCUAGACAUUAUCUCUUUUAGUGCCUGGAAAAAUACAUGUAAAUCCAUGACAAAAAGUUCUUUAUACAUCGUACCAAGGUGAGACUGACCUUUUAGUUUUCUAUGUUAUUUUGGUAGAUCUUGAAUUGGAGCAUGAGGGAGCAGCUCCAGGAUCCACCUCUCAGCCAGUUAGGCGAAACAUUUCUUUAAAACUGAAAGCAAAGAGCAAGUCAGCAAGUUCAUUGUCAUCUGGGAAAAGUAAGAAAAAGGAAGGAAAAAGCGGAGAAAAGUCUAGGACAGGAUCUGAAGGUAAAGAAGCCAAUUUUCUUUCAACGCUGUACAAUGUAUGUCUGGUUUUAAGCCUUGCUGUCAUGUUGUUUCCUUAGACAAGAAACGUUAGUCCACUUUGUCUCUUCACCCAGGUGUAUAAAUGGGAACCUGAGGAAUGCUGUGUGAAGGUUGUUGAGAGACACACACUCUUGAGCAUCUCUGUCAAUAAGAGCCUGAGACAGUGGAUUCCCUUUGGCUACUAUGAGCAUGACCCCUGGCUACUUUCAUAAGAAAAUGGAAUAUAGAAUAUAGAACCAAUACAGUGCUUGAAAAAUCUUGAAGUCCAGCUUGUCCUUGGGGCAAGCAGCUCUCAUAUUUUGCUUGGUUAGAGCCACCUUUUGCUUGUCUUAGUUAAUGAUUUUAUUAGAGGAUCAGUUGUCUUGACCCUCAUUGGGUAAGUGAGCCUUAAAAGUUACUUGUCCAGCAAGAAAAUCCACCUGACCAGGACUACUGGAUGGGACUUGUUUUGAGCCCUGCAACAAAAAUUUGUUGCUGUUCAUUUCCCUGCCUACAUAGGAAAAACAACUUGAAAUCUGAGCAACAGCCCUGCUUGAGGAAAUAAGCAACAUUGUCAAGUUUUUCAUUUUUCUGUGAAUGUUUGUUUAUUCAAAAGAGACAAUCAAUAUUACAGUGGAACCUCGAUAUAAUUAAACUCUGUAUAACAAAGUCCGGUGUAACGAAUGAUUUUCUUUACCCCAGUCGCAGUAAGAUAUGAAAAAGAACCUUGAUAUAACGAAACCUCGUUGAUAUGGUAAACACAUUUUGCCAGUCACCUGGCCCUUCGUUAAAUCAAGGUUCCACCGUACAGAUGUUUCUAGAACCUUCUGGAAAAACCUAAUUGGAAAAACAGGUUUUUCAAGAAUGGUCUUUUUGUUGUUACAUCUUACCAGUUUUCACCCUUUUGUCACUAACUGAUCUGUCACAGAGUUCUCUUGUAUUUUGGCUCAUAAAGUUUUUGAAAACUUCCAAAGCUCUGGUAAAUUUAUUAAGUUGAAUGGCAACAAGGGUGUCCCUGUGAUGAGCAAGUAUCCUAUCCAGAGAGGUUAGCCAUACUCCUACAGAGUAGAUUCCUCAUGCUACAGAAAUUAUGUUAAGCUCUGGAUAGUUGGGCCUCAAAAUGUAGGUCUGCCUUUGCCUGCUUUUGCAUAGAGUUACACUGCUCUAUUGGAUGUUAAUUCUUGACUUCAGUUGUACUGUAAUUUAGUGUGUACUGUAAGUGACAAAAUUCUAUCCUUUAAGUAAAAUUUCUUGUAUUGUUUUUAAAGAAUUUGUUAUUCAUGUGUAUCAUCUGCCAGACAACUAUGAUUUUUUGUAAUGGAAUAGAAAAAGAGUUGUUUAUUUGUUUAAACAAAUCCUGGUCAAAAUUUUUUGAUUAUUUAUUUUUUCCUGGAUUUGUGUAAAAGUUGUUCAGGUAGAGGUCAUAGAGUAUUAAGUUAGGUUGUAAUGACAGGUUGUGCAGUUUUCAGAUGAUAAGAUUCAAGUAAAAUCGAGUAAACUGCAUAUGCAACAUUUCACUAGAUUGUUAAAAGUCGUCUUAGCUGCAAGAUUAUACUUUUUGAAGCCCUGGAUAGUUAUUGCCAAGGAGCUGCGAGGCAAGAGCAUAAUAAAGCCCUGUGCAAAAGUUCCAAGGCAUAAUGAAUCUCGAAGUGAUGUAACAUCGGUCAUGUUGAAACGCAGACCAUGCAGACUGCAGACUGCAAACUGUGCAGACUGUGCAGACUGAGUGUUAUUUUUUUACUUGUACCUUAAUUUUCUAGUAAAAUUUUUACUAUAGUUUCCUGCUUCCUCUCAUUACAUGUAUGUAUGUGCACUGUGCAUCACCAUCAUAUGUGCACUGAUGUGUACCUGCAAGGGUCAUGGGUAGGAAAUGAGAAAAUCACGGGCUCAUGUUUACCGGCCGAUGGAAAAGCAGUUUCGCGUGCUUUUAGCUGUGCCGCUUUCACGCAGGAGCGAGCACAAUGGAGGAAGGUAAGCUGUUUCUUUCUGUAACUGUAUUAUAUUGCCACAAUUAUUUAUUUUUUUAGUAGAAGAAGCUUUCUCCGGUUAAGUGACUUAAAAUAAAACCCUUUUCGGCUUCCUACAACGGCUACGAGAGGGACAUUUCCUCAAUUUCCUUGAUUGUUGAUGAUUGUCUUUGGUUUCACUCUGUAAUUCAAACCGGUGACUUGCGGUCAUUUCUUCAAAUCUUACAGAUACCAAUGUCAUCAUUGUUAGCUCGGGAUAUCAAACUGAGACGUUUGAGAGAUGGGCCUUGCUUUAAAAUGUGUAAAUAAAUCAACAGUACAGUAUAUCUACCUAAAAAUAAAUAUAAUUCUGAUUUCGACGUGUUUGGCGGUUCCAUAAGUGUCAGAAUUAAGAGAAGAAGGGCAGUGACUUGAAACUUCUCACACAUAAUAUUCAAUAAAAAUUAAGACAAAAUAAACCUAAAAUACACGGCAGGGGAUCUAGUUCAAUGCCCAUUAAAACCCCCUCCACAUCCUCGAGUUGUACAAAUAAUACAUUUGUUACUAAUGAACUAUUUAGUUUUGGAACUGCAUAAACAAGAACCAUGAUACUCGAACAAGAUUGUCGGUUUCAAACCACUACCACUUAUUGGCGUGAAUGCAUGGAGCAAAUACAAUUGUCAGUCCCCAGUGAAGACUCGCCCAGAAGGACACUCUUGAGAAUUGAAUAAAAAAAUACAUAAACAAAAGUCUUACCGAAUCUUCUGAGCUAGCAACGAUGACAUCGGUAUCUGUAAGAUUUGAAGAAAUGACAGCAAGUCACCGGUUUGAAUUACAGAGUGAAACCAAAGACAAUCAUCAACAAUCAAGGAAAUUGAGGAAAUGUCUCUCUCGUAGCCGUUGUAGGAAGCCGAAAGGGGGUUUAUUUUAAAUCACUUAACCUGAAAAAGCUUCUUCUACUAAAAAAAUUUAAAUAAUCAUGGCAUAUAAUACAGUUACAGAAAGAAACAGCCUACCUUCCUCCAUCGUGCUUGCUUCUUCGGGAAACUAUAGUAAAAAUUUUACUAGAAAAUUAAGGUACAAGUAAAAAAAAAAUAACACUCGGUCUGCACGGUCUGCAGUCUGCAGUCUGCAUGGUCUGCGUUUCAACAUGACCGAUGUAACAUAGUAGUGUAAGGUAACUUCUAUGGUGUAAUGCAGAAGAGAGAAUGCAUUGUUUCUGAGCAAACAUGUGCGCAGAAUAAUGCAUGAGUGCAUUCCAUGACAGUAAAUGAUGGACACAUGACUAACCUGCAGCAUGCAUUCUCAUAAGUUAUGGUAAUUCAUAACAUUUCUAAACAAAUUGAACAGGGUGUGCGUAUAAGUAAAAUCGUUGCUCAUUGGCGCUUAGUGAUAGCUAUAACAAGUUUUCUUCUUAUGUAUUUGUCAUAUCUAUUAGGUGAUAAGGAAAGUAAAAGGAAACAGAAAUCCCCUGGAACAGCUGCAGCAGCUCAAGUGGUUGUCAUGAGAGAACUCAAGUGGGAUCAUCAAGUAUGUACUAUUAAUUUUAUGAUUUCUGCUCAUUCAGCCCCUAUUUGCAGGGUGCAAAGAGAGUCAGUUUUACAGCCUGCCAUUUGAGCAAGCUGUAGCAAGCAUUAAUUUACUAGCUAGCCAAAAAGUCAUUUCAGCUAGCCCCAUAACCCUUUUUGAUUAGCAGGAUUGAUUACAAUCCUUCUGUAAUUUGAAUUUCCCCAAAGCACAGCACUUGCCCGUCGGGCAAGUUAUUUAUUUAUUUAUUUUAUUUUAUUUUAUUUGCCACACUAAUUACAAAAAAUAUAGGAAAAGAAGAAGAAGAAAAAAAAAAAAGAAGUGGCGAGGAGACCUAACAGAAACUAUAGGAGCUUAUGAGAGGUUAGGCCUCCUCGAAGAACAAAAAAAGAACAAAAUUCACUAGCACUAUGCGAUAGUAAAAUCCAGUAGCCCUAGGAUAUCGGACUUGACUUUCUUUGCACACUGUAUUUGUAAGUCAUGAUCAUUCACUGUAACUAACCUAAUAGAAGUCCACUUCCACAUAAACACCCCCUCAACGCUGUUGAAAUUUUAGUAGAUGCCCCUGUCUAAUUCUUGGUUUGCAUGUGACGUCACUAAAAAUCAAACUAAGAAACUAUCAAUUCUUCUGAGUUGCUACUUUCACGAGGUAUUACAGCACCUAACACCUUUACAUAAACAAAUUUUGGGUUCCAAGGGGUUCUUCGUUUUGCGAGAGAGGACGCUUGAAUUUCCACGCUUUUGCAUGACGUGGCAUUUAGCUGAUGGCCAGAAAAGCUCUUAUGUGGGUUAAAAACAUUACCAAGUUUGGGAGAUUUGCUAUCUAAACAUUCCUUGUCUCAGAAUAAAAUAAUAUUACUUUAAUCUUUAUGAGGUCCUCAAGCGAAGAAUUCACACAUUAGCAAGAAAACUCGAAAACAGAUGUUUCUGUUGGUAUCCGGCGGGCAUAUUGGUGUUCCGGAAAGGGACUUCCACAUCCGAGAUCGUGUUUUCAUACAAAGCUUUAUAAAUUUAGGUAAUUAAUUGUUUUUCCGAAUAUCUCCCAUUUGAAAUAUUGCACAGACCUGAUUUUUGGGGAGACGUUUUGUAUAUUUAUCUUCUUUCAUUUCCCUGAUUCUAGAUUUAUGUAUUGAAUGGUUUGCAUUUUUAUUUUUCAUUGUGUGACAGUGCAAACCGAGAAUAGGUAGACGGCUUCCCAUGAGAAUUACUCCAAAAUACUAGGAAUUAGCAAAAUCAUUCAAUUCAUUCAGUUUCUUGCUUGAUUAACAAGGGUAAAUGCAUACUUCAUCGUGUUCAAUGUCAAGUUAAAAAUGAGGGUAGCAGCAACAAUGAAUGUGGAUUCUAACAUCAAUGUUGGGAUUUGAAAAAGAGCGAUAUGGAUCUGUAGAGUGCCUAGACGUAUCAAUAUUGAUGGCGUGGAUAUUCUGCUAUUUUUAAACUCUCUUGAUAUUUUUGCCAAAAGAAAGUUUUGUUGAGCUUGUUACAGUAAUGAGAAUAAACGCCUCCUAUCUAUUAAAUGCCCCCUUUUGGACCCCUAGAGUUAACUAGAUGCCUUGGGCAUUUAUUAGGUCAUUUACAGAAGCCCCCCAAAAUUAAGUCAUUAAUUUUUUAUUAUUUUAGCCCGAUACAUGUAGAUGAGAUAACUUUGGCUCUUGCAUUUCUGUUAUCAUAUCAGUUAUUCAAACAAGACAUUUAGGUUUCAAAAUAGUUUAGCUUAUCCUCCUGUCUUCCUCACAGAUUUUGCCUAUUGGGCAAAAAGUGCAAGAUCCACUUUGUGAAAAGUACUCCUUCCCAAUCCUUGUUUAUGGUCGACUGGUAUGUAUAUCAAGACAGUAUUUACUUAUGUACUCCUCUACCAGGGUGCAAAGAAAGUCAUGUCCCAUAGCCCGGUGACCCGACUAGUGGAUUUUAAUAUUGUUAUCGGGCUAGUGAAUUUUGUUCUCAACUUACCCUAUUGGCAAAUGAAUUUCUUUUAGGAAAUUCACAUUACAGAAGAACUGUAAUCAAUCCUGCUCAUGAAAAAAUUUUUUUCCGGCUAAUUAAAAUGUCUUGUAUAGCAAUUCAAAAUAAUCAAAAAUGAUGAUUUUUCCCUGUCUUGUUGUGCAAUGUCUAUUAGGUCUCAUUAUGUUUGGAGGGGAGUUUUUGACAAGUUUUGUCCCAGAAGCUGGGGUUCAAGAACGAAUGAAAGAACAUGGGAAAGAUCCACUAUGGAAAAUCAAGUAUGAACAACAAGGAAAUUCUUAAAUUCAUAAAAUUUUAUGAAUUUAAGAAUUUCCUUGAUUAAGAGUCAAAGUGAUGUUAUAAAGUCAUUUGGUUGAUAAGACCAAGUAUGAAAAUAAUAUUUUUGACAUGAAGAGUUUGUAUUUUCAGGUAUACUUCUAAUGGAAGUACACUAUUUACUGCCUGUGACAGAGGAGCUGUUUGCAAGUAAGUCAUACUCUGUGGUAAUUGGCAUUAGUGAUCUCUUGACUAGCCAUUAACAAUAUUAAUUUGCAACUAUUCUUAUUAAAAUCAACAGAUGUCAAUUACUGUUAAAUGUCUAAAACUUAGCUCCUAUUAUGUAGCCACCCCUCUUUUUAGCCAGGACUACUAUUAAAAAUUAUCAGUAAAUCAUUGAAAACAGAACAUCGGUUAAUAUUAUGGUCAGAGCUUACCCUGAAGGCUUAAUUAUCAAUCAACAGAGGUUAGACUACAGGUAGGUACAACUUGUUAUUUUUAAUAAUUAAAUUCAAAUCUCACUUUGUAGCUGUCACUUCCUUCAAAAAAAUUCAGCCCUAUUAAUUUCAGUGAAAUUGUGAAAUGUGUUAUUAUAACAAUGUUGAAGUGUACACACAUUAUGAGCCAGGUUUCUUUAAUUCUGCUUCCAAAGCCAGUUGCAUAUUUGUACAAAAUAAACCUUAAAUUUAUAUUUAUAUAUAUUUUUGGUCUGUGAAUUUGAUCAAGAUUGUUCAUAAUUUGUUCUUACAGAUAUCGACAAUUUCCUGAUCAUCACGAGUUUGUAGAGGAUUUGUUCUGUCACUCAGAUGCUGUGGAGGACAUUGAUAUUUCACCUUAUGAUGAAUGUAUCUUUAGCUAUAUGGUGGCACAUCAUCAGUAUAGAAUUUAAGAAUAUUUAUGGAGAUAAGUCUGGAGAAUUUGUAGGUGGAUAUUGGGCUUAAAGGGGUAAGGGCUUUGACGUACCAGUGGCACAUCCUCACUUAAAAAUCCACUGGAAGAGUAUUAAGGUGGCUCGACUGGAUUUUUUUGGGGUUGAUACCUUCCAACUUUGAGCAUUAACUACGUCGGCAUGAG